GAACACUCUUGAGCUUCAUCAUGGGAGCUGUAGUAGCUGAUGACGGUCCAUCUGGUGUUAAAGCCCCUGAUGGAGGUUGGGGCUGGGCUGUCCUUUUUGGCUGUUUUAUCAUCACAGGAUUCUCCUAUGCCUUUCCUAAGGCAGUUAGUGUCUUCUUUAAAGAACUUAUCCGGGAAUUUGGCAUUGGAUAUAGUGACACUGCAUGGAUUUCCUCCAUUCUGUUGGCCAUGCUUUAUGGAACAGGUCCACUCUGUAGUGUAUGUGUCAAUCGCUUUGGCUGUCGCCCCGUCAUGCUGGUGGGUGGCCUUUUUGCCUCAAUGGGGAUGGUGAUAGCCUCCUUCUGCACGAGCAUCGUUCAGAUCUAUCUAACUGCAGGUGUGAUUACUGGUUUGGGUCUGGCACUAAACUUUCAGCCUUCACUCAUCAUGUUAAACCGUUACUUUGACAAACGCCGGCCCUUAGCCAAUGGGCUAUCCGCUGCUGGGAGUCCGGUGUUUCUUUGUGCUCUCUCACCAUUGGGACAGAUACUACAGCAUGAGUAUGGCUGGAGAGGGGGAUUCCUUAUACUGGGUGGGAUGUUGCUCAACUGUUGUGUAUGUGGAGCAUUAAUGAGACCUUUGGAGCUACCCAAAAAGACUGAAGCUACCAAAGAAGCAGCCGAGAAGAAAGUGAAGAAAAAACUUCUGGAUUUCAGUGUGUUUAAAGAUGGUGGUUUUGUAAUCUACACGCUAGCAGCAUCUAUCAUGGUGCUUGGCCUCUUUGUUCCCCCAGUUUUUGUUGUGAGUUAUGCCAAGGAUUUAGGGUAUCAAGACACCAGAGCAGCUUUUCUGCUGACUAUUCUGGGAUUCAUUGAUAUCUUUGCUCGGCCUGUUUGUGGAAUGGUAGCUGGUCUUAAAUGGGUUAGACCACGCUGUGUCUACCUCUUCAGUUUUGCUAUGAUUUUCAAUGGAUUUACAGAUCUCAUGGGUUCUAUGUCUGUUGAUUAUGGUGGCCUGGUGGUCUUCUGCAUUUUCUUUGGCAUUUCUUACGGAAUGGUAGGUGCUCUUCAGUUUGAAGUUCUCAUGGCUAUUGUUGGUACUCAGAAGUUUUCCAGUGCUAUUGGCUUAGUGCUCCUGGCAGAAGCUAUGGCUGUUCUAAUUGGUCCACCAUCAGCAGGAAAACUCCUGGAUGCAACGGGAAGGUACAUGUUUGUUUUUAUUAUUGCUGGAAUUGAAGUUACCACCUCAGCACUUGUAUUGGCCUUGGGAAAUUUCUUCUGCAUUAAGAAAAAGUCAGAAGAACCACAUACAAAAGAAGAAGCAGCAGAAAGAGAGGAAUUAAACAAAUCUGAAGACAAAACUCCUGAAGAUGCCAAGGUGGACUCUAUUGAAGUGGAGCAGUUUCUGAAAGAUGAGCCUGAAAAAAAUGGUGAAGUUGUAACUAACCCAGAAACAUGUGUGUGAGCAUGACAGGAAACCGAAACCAACAAAGUAUUUAGAAAAGGAAGAUUUUCAACACUAUUUAUUUUAGAAAUAGAACUAGUUUAGGGCUGGGCCAUCUGCUUUAUUAACUGGAGGCCGGUCAGCUCAUCAGGUCUCUCUGGAAGCUGAUUAGCUAGACAACCGUUUAUCAGAAAAUUAGCUUUAUCUGUAAAAGGUGGAGCACUGUGGUUAUACUUUUUGUGUAAAACUAAAAAGCUUUUAUAAACACAAGUAGAGUCUUGCUAUGCAUCGCCAGAAACUGCUCACUUUGAAGAGAUAUAGGAAGAAUAUAUUUUAAGAAAACUGGAAUUAUAUGUAUGUUUUCAGACAAUAUUGUUGAAAUUGCUGUGUUGUGCGGCUAAAUAUCAUUUCCCUUUCUGUGUUCUUUGUGAAGAGGAAGAAGUCUGAGAUGGAGAAAAACCUCAGGAACUUAAAGGUCUCCAUUAGGUUUUUGAAUUUCUUACUUUUUUUAGAUUUUUAGAUUAAUUGGCUCAGCCCUAAUUUAAUUUUGAUAAUAUCUGUUACUUUGAUUUAUGUAAAUGUAUUUCUGAGUUUUGUCUAAACCUGUAAUCUUUGUGAUUAUCAUCUGGAAAUACUGUAUGUGCAAAGGCACGUAACAGGUAACUGUCCUCAGCAGAUCACACAAGUGGUAUUCCGAGGUAGUAAUAAAAGAAAAUAAAAUGAGCAGAAUCGAUCC